AUGAAGCCGGACACCUCUAAUGACAUUCGAUCGGUCGACCAAAGUACCGCAGCAUCCACUGCUGAGAGCGACAACCAUGCCUCUCCCCCCAAAACCGCGAGCGAUGCGCCUCUCCUCCCGCACGCCGCCUCCUCUGCCUUCUCCACCGCCUCCAACGUAGCCUCUUCCGCAGCUUCCACCGUCAAGAGCGCUGCCUCCAAUGCCCUAGAGUGGACCGAGGCCAAAGUCGAGAAGCUGAGCGCGAAGCAAGAGGACGGGACGGGCCCUUAUGGUAGCGAGAGCACGUGCGCGCCGAGCGAUCUGGAUCCGAUUGGGCAGUGGGUGUUACCUGCGCUGCCGGUGCCUAAGAAGGACGAGUCUGCUGUGGACGGGCAAGAUAGGAAAUAG